AUGGAAAUGUCGUUGUUAUGAACUGUGAAGAGGAGAUUCUUUGGUCAUCAAAUGUUUCAACCUCUCAGGUGAACUCAGUUGCCUUUCUACAAAAUUCUGGGAACUUCGUUCUUGUAGAUCCUCUGAACAAUAUGGCAGAGUUUUGAACAUCCUUCUGAUUCUACUAUCCCUAGAACGAGGAUAAGUGAAAACACAAGAACAGGGGAGAGGGUAGAAGCAACAUCUUGGAGAAGCCCUUGGGAUCCUAAUUUUGGGAACUUCUCUUUAGGAAUGAACUCUGGAGUCAUUCCUCAGGUGUAUAUCUGGAAAGGCAGCCGUCCCUAUUGGCAAAGUGGCCAAUGGAAUGGCCAAACCUUCAUCGGAGUGCAGUAUAUGUAUCCUGUGGUGUCUGAUGGAUUUAACUUAGUGAACAAUUGGGAAGGUAGGUAAAUCUUACUGGCCCUGUUUGUUAUAAUCUCUUAUUGAAGUUAGUCUUGGAUUGGAAAGGGAACUUUGUUCAAUCAUAUUGGGAUGAGAAUGAGACAGACUGGAAAAUAAUAUGGUCAGCUUCCAAAAAUGAUUGUGAAGUUUAUGGAAUGUGCGGUACUUUUGGGAGCUGCAAUUAUUUGGAGUCAUUGAUCUGUUCUUGUCUGAAAGGUUUCAAGCCAAAUCAUAGAGAAGAAUGGGAAAGGGGGAAUUGGACUAGUGGUUGUAUUGGGAGGAGAGCUUUGCAAUGUGAAGUAAAGAAUAAGAAUAACUCAGAGGAUUCAAGUAAAGAAGAUGGAUUUAUAAAGAUUUGAGGUAAUGAAAUUGUCGGAUUUAGCAGAAAAGUCAUCUACUACCGAAGACCUAUGUAGAAGCCAAUGCUCGGGGAAUUGUUCCUGCGUAGUGUAUGCAUAUGACACAGUUAUUGGCUGUAUGUCAUGGAGUAAAAUGAUCGACAUUCAACAGUUCCAAAGCUCGGGCAAAGAUCUCUAUAUUCGUGUGGCACAUUCAGAGCUUGAUCAUUAUAAAAACAUAAAGAAGAUUGUAAUUCCAGUAAUCCUUGGUACUCAUACACUCAGUGUUUGUCUGUUCAUUUGCUUUACAAUGAUGGCCAGGCGUAGAGGAGUGAAAAGAAAGGUGGUAAUCUUACUUGCUGACAGAAGUGCGGUUUAUAUGGAAGAGUUACCAGUCUUCAGCCUGGAUAUGCUUGCAAAUGCAACAUCCCAAUUCCAUGAGGAUAAUAAGCUUGGUCAGGGCGGUUUUGGUCCAGUUUACAAGGUUCGAUUUUCAUCUCUUGAUCACUUUCCAAAUUUUAGUUGCUGAAAUUGGUGAUUCCUUCUAUGGAAAACUGGAGGAUGGGAAAGAAAUAGCAGUCAAAAGGCUUUCAAAAGCCUCUAGACAAGGGCUGGAGGAGUUCAUGAAUGAAGUGUUGGUGAUCUCUAAAGUCCAACAUAGAAACCUUGUUAGACUCUUGAGAUGUUGUGUGAAUAAAGACGAGAAAAUGUUGAUUUAUGAAUAUAUGAAGCUUGGAUGUGUUUCUCUUUGGUUUGUACUUACUCUUGAUCAAAGCUUUUUACAUCUCAUUCAACGUAGUUUUUAUUUACUCCACAUCUAUGUUGCUCAAACUCUUCAAUAAUGUCUGAUGGAUGUAUGUUGGAUCCUCCAAAUCAACUGCAUUUUUGGAGGACCCAACAUUUGUGCAUCAGCACUUUUAGAGAGUCUCUGCAAAGUUAAUCCCUUGCUAUUUUUCAGAAAAUUUAGAAAAAAGGUUCUCUGAUCCUCUUUUCUACAUUCUAUGUUCAUAUUUGACAAACAUCUAGAUGAAGGACAUCGAGGCAUUUUAGAUUGGAUAAGACGUUCCAUUAUAAUUGAAGGGGUUGGGCGAGGACUCCUUUAUCUUCACAAAGAUUCAAGAUUGAAGAUAAUUGAUAGAGAUCUAAAGCCAAGUAACAUUUUGCUCGAUAAUAACUUCAAUCCAAAGAUUUCAGAUUUUGUCAUGGCCAGGAUUUUUGGAUCUGACCAAGAUCAAGCAGACACAAGGAGAGUAGUUGGUACUUAUUAAGUGAACAUUGAUCUAUAUAUACCAUAACUUCCAUAAUUUUCUUCCGUAAAAGGACCGUAUCAUACAUAUUUAUUAACUUAUCAACUUUCACACUGCAACUACCUGGACUGUCUUCUUGUUAGUGAGGUUCGAUUUUCCAUCUUGUAAUUCUCUGCCUGAUUUUCCCCUUCCGUUACCCCCAAUUUUUAUUUUAAAAAUAAAAAUUCUACAAGAAGUUGCCGAAUUUUCCAGUGGAUACAUGGCCCCUGAAUAUGCAACCGGCAGGAAGAUUCUAUCUGGAAAAAGAAAAAGAUUCUCUGAUAAAUCCGAUGUUUUCAGCUUCGGAGUUUUAGUGUUAAAGAUCAUAAGUGGUCGAAAAAGUACAAUUUCUUGGAAUGAGACGUCCUCUUUGAGCCUUUUGAGAUAUGUAAGACUCCUCUUAAAUGCUAAUUUUCAAAAGACUGCUCUUACAGAAAAUACUCAUAGUACAUAAACUAUGCAGUCAAACAUUUCUCUAUAACAGUGUCAUUAUUCAAUUAUUUUUUGGCUGCUAUAACGAAUUGUUGUUAUAGUCUACAUAUUAGAUAACAUUAAAAAUCGGUUCCAAAGAAAAUUUCACCAUUAUAGUAGAAUGUUGUUAUAGAGGAUGACUGUUAUGGAGAGGUCCUAACUAAAUUUUCACCUUAUGAUGGUAGAAUUACUAUUGCUGUCACCUCUAUUUAUGCAUGUACUAGUUUCAUGAUCAACUUUUCUCUCUUUUCAGGCAUGGAAGUGAUGGAAAGAAGAAGAUUUAUCAAGUUUCGUCGAUCCAUUCAUAUUGAAUCCAAGCAUGAAAAUGGAGAUCAGAAAAUGCAUGCGAUUGGUUUACUGUGUGUUCAAGAAUUUGCUGAAGACAGGCCAAUUCAAAAACUGGGUGAUUUCCUCAUACAGGAAGUUAACCUGCGCUUAAGUCUUAGAGGGGAUGUGAAGUGGCUCAGAAAUGAGCUGCUCUUCAUGCAAUCAUUCCUCAAACAUGCAGAGGAAAAGCAAAGUGGAGAUCAAAGAGUUCAACAAUGGGUGUUUGAAAUCAACUCUAUUGCUAAUGAAGUUGUUGCUAUACUCGAGACUCACAGCUUCGUGGCAAGAGAAGGUGAUGAUGAUGAAUUUGCUAGUCAUCUGAAGGCUUGCGCUUGCAUCUGUAGGAAGGAGACCAAAUUCUACAAAGUUACCAAGGAGAUCCAAUCACUCAAGCAACGAAUCAUGGAUGUCUCUCGCAAACGAGAAACUUAUGGUAUUACAGAUAUCAAUAAUGCAGGAGAAGGGGCGAGUAAUAGGUCAAACGAUCAGUCUGCUAUCGUUAGAACAUUGAGGAGAACUGCCUCAUAUGUAGAUGAGGAUCACAUUUUUGUUGGCUUUCAGGAUGUUGUGCAAAGAUUGCUGGCUGAACUUCUCAAAGUAGAACCUCGUCGAAGUAUCAUUUCCAUUUAUGGUAUGGGCGGAUUAGGCAAGACAACUCUUGCGAGAAACCUCUACACCAGUCCUAACAUAGUCUCUAGCUUCCCAACACGCGCUUGGAUAUGUGUUUCUCAAGAGUACAAAACCAUGGAUCUUCUUAGGGAUAUCAUUAAAUCUAUCCAAGGACGCACAAAGGAAAAUCUAGAUUUAUUGGAAAAGAUGACUGAGACAGAUCUAGAAAUUUACUUGCGUGAUCUUCUAAAAGGACUCAAAUACCUUGUGGUGGUUGAUGAUGUAUGGCAUAGAGAAGCUUGGGAAAGUUUGAAACGAGCAUUUCCAGAUAUCAAGAACGGCAGCAGAGUAAUUAUUACCACACGCAAAGAGGAUGUUGCUGAAAGAGCAGAUGACAAAGGUUUUGUCCAUAGGCUUCGUUUCCUAAGCCAAGAAGAAAGUUGGAAUCUCUUUUUAACGAAACUACUUGAUGUUCAGGUAAUGGUUCCAGAAAUGGAAAGGUUAGCUAGAGAUAUGGUGGAUACGUGUGGAGGUUUACCUCUUGCAAUUGUUGUAUUAAGCGGACUACUUUCGCAUAAAAGGGGGCUAGAAGAAUGGCAAAAGGUGGAGGACCACAUUUGGAAGAACAUUAAAGACGACUCAAUUGAAAUUUCCUACAUAAUAUCAUUGAGCUACAAUGAUUUGCCGACUGUGCUCAAGCAGUGUUUUCUUUACUUUGGUGUUUUUCCAGAGGAUCGUGUGAUCUAUGCUGACGACAUCAUGCAGUUGUGGAUGGCAGAGGGUUUCAUACCAAGAGGGGAAGAAAGAAUGGAGGAUGUCGCUGAAGGCUUUUUGAAUGAGCUGAUAAGACGAAGCUUGAUACAAGUGGUAAGUACAAUGUGGGAAAAAGUUGCUAAAUGUAGGAUCCAUGAUCUACUUCGGGAUCUUGCUAUUAAAAAGGCAUUGGAGCUAAACAUUUUUGACAUUUAUAAUCCAAGAAAGCACUCCAUAUCCUCGUUUUGUCUCAGACAUGUGAUUCAUGGUCGAGCACAAAGGUACCUCUCACUUGAUCAUUCUAACAUGAAGUUAAGGUCAAUCAUGUUGUAUGAUAGAGAUUUUUGUAAGCUGGGUCUAAUAAACUUCCGUAAUGAGUUCCAACAUUUAUAUGUGUUGCACUUGGAGAUCCGUUCUGGCACUAAACUACCUGAUGCCAUAGGAAGUUUGUACCACCUCAAGUUCUUAACAUUGAGAGGUAUCCAUGAUCUUCCUUCCUCCAUUGGCAAUCUCAAGAAUUUACAGACACUUCGUGUCUUCAAUAAAUACGGACACUUAUGCCAACUACCUCCUGAGACAGCUGACCUAAUAAAUCUAAGACAUUUAGUUGCUUGGUAUUCAAACCCUCUGAAACAUUUAAGCAAACUCACAAGUCUUCAAGUUCUUAAUGGCAUUUCUUGUGAUCAAUGGAAAGAUGUUGACCCUAUUGAUUUAGUCAAUCUUCGAGAAUUACGCAUGUUUUGUAUUGCCAAAACUUACUCCCUGAAAAACAUUGGCAACUUGAAACACCUUCACACUCUCUUCUUGGGUUGUAUACGUGAUGAAUCAUUCCCAGCCCUUGAAUUUCUUACUACUUGUCAAAAGCUCCAGAGAUUGUGGUUAAAAGGGAGAAUAGAGAAACUGCCUCUAUCGGACCCGUUUCCAAAUUCAAUCACGAUGAUGUUCCUUCGGUAUUCAAAACUCAUGGUAGAUCCGAUGCCUAUAUUGGGAAUUUUACCAAGACUAAGGAAUCUCGACUUAAAAGGAGCUUAUGAAGGAAAGGAAAUUAGCUGCAGAGACAACAGCUUCUGUCAAUUGGAGUUCCUUCGUCUUAAUAAACUUCCGAACCUAGAAAGAUGGCAUUUAGCCACAACUGCCAUGCCUCUGAUUAAAGGUCUUAAUAUCCGUGGCUGUCCACAACUAAAGGAGAUUCCCAAGAGAAUGAAAGAUGUGGAGAGGUUGAAGAGAAUUCAUCGUUGAUGGAGCUAUAUGAUUUCCUAUUCCAGCCUCUUUCAUAAUCGUAGAGGUUCAACUCUACCUCUUUACCGAUAAGAGGAAGAAGUAGAAGUUCAAGAACACAUCUAGAUUGAAGGCAGUAUCAGUUUGAGCUGUACGAAGUUUCCACUGUUCAUGAAGAAAAAAAUUUCUGAUCUACAUGUGGGAAGAAAGGGUACAAGUAGUUUGACAAAAGAUCUUGGUAUAUUGUUUAUGAUUCAAUAUUUCCAUCAUUUUUUUUUUAUCGACAAAGAAAGUUCAAACGAACCCUUUAGCUUCCCCUGGUUCAUAUAUACCCCACCCAAAAAAAAAAGAAGACAAAAGUUAUAGGAUAUUAGCUAUAAGCAAUUCACCUUACAAAUGAACCUGGAAAGCUUAGGGCCACACAAUUAUUGUAAGUAGCACCAUUUUUGUUAACCCCACACUCUCACCAUAUGUUUUAAUAAAGACAAACUAAUAAAUAAAAAUCUUGCAGGAUUCACCAAAGAUACAGGAGAUCGAAAGAGAUUCCAGAAUCUCUAAAGAAUCAACUCAAAGAUAUCUAAGAAUAUCUCGCAAAAGAAAGCAAGCAUUCAACAGCAAAAUGGCCAACGCUAAACUUGGAAUAACAUCAAUCAAGAAUAACUCGCAAACGAAAAGCAAGCAUCCAACAACGUGACUGGAGCAAAACCUGGAAAGUGUAUCAAUCACCACGGGAGCAAAAGGAAAGAAGAUCACGUACAUAUCUGAUACGGACGUGUAUAAGUACCGUGUAUGGACAUAUUUGAUAUGGACAUACUAUACGGUAGUAUUCCUCAAUCAAGGAAUCAAUUAAAAUCCCAGAUUGGAACGAAAUCUCUUGGGUUCCCUUACGAAGAAAAGAAGCUGGAGCAGUUAAAACAUAUAAAAGAAAGGACUGAGGAUUGGAGCAAACACGCAACUUCAAGAAAAAACUUCAAAGUGUCUCAAUCUUAAUCUUACAAGCUUUGUACUUAUCAGUUUACAAUAGUUACAUAAAGAAUAGGAUCGAGUCAACUUUGUAAUAUACACUGAUCUGAAGAAUAAAUUAAGUCUUGGGAACAUGUUUAUCA